AUGUCCACCACCAUGGCAAGCAGCGCCAAGUUGGAGGCCUCGCAGCCUCCUCCUCCUCCUCCGCGGACUGCGACCGCAAAAAAAGUUCACUAUCCUUUUUGGUUUGGUGGUUCGGCGUCUUGCUUUGCGGCUGCCGUUACGCAUCCUUUGGAUCUUGUGAAGGUCCGUCUGCAAACUCGCGGGCCUGGUGCCCCGACGAACAUGGUGGGGACUUUCGCGCAUAUUUUGAAGAGUGAUGGGAUCCUGGGGGUUUAUAGCGGGUUAUCCGCCGCCAUCCUCCGACAAAUGACCUACUCGACGACGCGAUUCGGCAUCUACGAGGAACUCAAAAACCACUUCACCUCACCCUCCGCGCCCCCGAGCCUGCUCACUCUGCUCGGAAUCGCCUGCGCCUCCGGCUUCAUCGGCGGCGUAGCCGGCAACCCGGCCGAUGUGCUGAACGUGCGCAUGCAAUCGGACGCCGCGCUCCCUCCGGCCCAACGGCGCAACUACCGCCACGCGCUCCACGGGCUGGUCACCAUGACGCGCACCGAAGGUCCCGCCAGCCUGUUCCGCGGCGUCUGGCCAAACUCCACCCGCGCCGUCCUCAUGACAGCCUCCCAAUUGACCACCUACGAUACCUUCAAGCGGCUGUGUAUCGACCGCCUCAGCAUGUCGGAUAACCUGGGCACGCACUUCACGGCCUCCUUCAUGGCUGGCUUUGUCGCGACAACCGUCUGCAGCCCCGUCGAUGUCAUCAAGACCCGCGUUAUGACUGCUUCCCCCGCUGAGAGCCGUGGGCAGAGUAUUCUCGGCCUCCUCCGUGAUAUCUAUCGCAAGGAGGGCUUCGCGUGGGCGUUCCGUGGCUGGGUGCCCAGUUUUAUGCGUUUGGGACCGCAUACUAUCGCCACGUUCUUGUUCUUGGAGGAGCAUAAGAAGCUUUAUCGCCUCUUGAGGGGGAUUCCCGAUGAGGCGCAUAAGGCGUAG